AUGACCAUCUCAAAUAUUCCCAUUCUCUUUAAUUCUGCAUCCAACUCCUUUUUCGGUCACGAUCCUCUUGUAGCUGAAGUGCAAUCUCUUAAGCAUGAAGUUAUGGAAAUGAAGAACACCAUUACAGAGUUAAAAGAAAUGAUUAAACACAUGGCCGAUCACUCACGAGUUGCUGGCCAACGUGUUGAAGCUAAACCCUCAGGUGUCUCUGCAAAGAACCCGGUCAUUGAGGACUCGAGAACCUACAUCAAAAGCCACAACAAUAUAUUGGAAGGUGGUCCUAUUGCAAUGGAUGAUUUCGAACCGGAACGUUUUACUUGGAUGAAGAUUGGGUUUGAAAAAAGAGAAAUGCUCGCAUUGAUCGCUGACGAUCAUAUGUUCUCUUACCUUGGAGCUGAUAACGAUCUUCCUCUCUUUGCUUUUUCCAACAGUUGGGGGUCUAAAAACCUUUUGAUUGCUGCAAUCAGAAACCGUGUAAAGUAA